AUUUAAAGAUUAUUUUUUGCAUUUGAGUGUAGUAAAUGUAAUUAAAUACAUAUUUAGUUUACUUUGAUUUUGAUUUAGUUUUAUGUAAAAUUUACGGUAUUUUGUUAUUGGCAAAUUAUAAUUAAGUGCUUUUUAUUGAUAUGCUGAUUAUCUCUUAUGAUAAAAGAUAAAUCUAAAGCGCUACACGGAUCUUAACAUGCAGAAGUACGAAUAUUUUAUUUUGAAUCAUCUAGUUUUCAGAAAAUGUUUAAAAAUACUCUUGCAUUACUUUUAUUUGUUCUAGCCUGUCAGUCGUAUGCUGAUAGUGACCAGGAGAAACCGGUUGAAAAUAUAGUUGAUUAUAUAAAAAAUGCCUACCACACAUUGUUGCAAAAAGUUGAAGAAGUUAUCGAGGAUUCCAAUUCUACUUUAAAUUCUGCUUUGAAUGAGUUAAGAGAUGUUGCCACAGAUGUCGAAUUAGCAGUAAAAUACAAAAUAAAUGGGACAUUUGCCCAAUUCCAAGAAGAAAUGGAUAAAAUUAACGAAAUGGCCGAAGAACGAGGUAUAGAUAUUGAAAACUGUAGAAACUACGAGUUGGAACUCAAUCAACUUCCCAACAAGAUCCUGGACGAAGUACUGAAAUGCACAACAAGCAUUAUCGAUCAAGUUCAGGUCAAUGCUACAACAGCAUUGAACAAAGCGUCCCAAAUAGUGCAAGACUUCGACAGCAUCGAAACCAAAAUUAACGAAUGCAGCACAACUGCCAAACCCAACGAUUGCUACAACAAAUUGCUGGCCAAAUUGGAGAUGGACGUCAUAGAUGGACCUAAACAAAUUGAAAAGUAUAUUCAGCAAGCUGUCAAAACAAUUACCGAAUCCAAGGAAAGCAUUCAACAAUGCGAUACAAAUGUUGUGAAGAGUAUACCGGAGCAAGCUGCAGAAAUUCUUGAUGAUUUUGCUCUUUGUUUACUGGUGGAUCAUACGAAUCACGUGUGAAUGAAAGAUAUAUUUGAAAUAAAUAUAAUUUGUUUUACACAGUGUCA